UAUAAACCAACGGACGGAAGCGAGUGUAAAAAGGAAAUCCCGAUCUUUGAAAACGUAGGAAAGGGAAGCAAAGCAGUGCAGAGAGAAAGUGUGGAAGGAAAAUAGAGCGUAGCGGAGAACGAACUCUCUACUUGCUUGUGAGAUUCUCAUCGCUCCAUUGCUGCAUAGGCUCACGAUCGGGCCUUCUCGGACCUCCAGCCAUCUUCUACGUUGGCCGUCGCUCUCUACGGCGGUCUUCUUAAGUGAUGGACCCCUACGGUCGGAGCCCCACUGGGGAUGGACGCCGCCCGGAUCCUGACACUGGACUCGAAGAGUCCAUGUGGCGGCUGGGGCUUGGUGGCCGCAGUGGCAGCGGCGGCGCAGAUUUUUCUUACCCAGAGAGACUUGGCGAGCCAGAUUGUGACUACUUUAUGCGAACUGGAAUCUGCGGUUACGCCGAAAGGUGUCGAUACAAUCACCCCCGUGAUCGAGGCGUUGUGGGAGGUGAAAUGUUUUGGCCGGGAGCUAGAGAAUAUCCAGAGCGUGUAGGGCAGCCUGCUUGCCAGUACUACAUAAAAACUGGGACUUGUAAAUUUGGUUCCUCGUGCAAAUACCACCACCCGAGGCAAGGAGGAGGACCUGUGCAGCCGGUCUCCUUAAAUUACUAUGGAUAUCCGCUCCGUCCUGGCGAGAAAGAAUGUUCAUACUACAUGAAGACAGGAUUGUGCAAAUUUGGCUCAACUUGUAAAUUUCAUCACCCACAACCUAGUGCUUCCACUUUGCCCUCCUCUGCACCGAUAUUUUAUCCUACGGUGCAGCCUCCUUCAGUCCCUUCAGCUCAACAAUAUCCUCAGGUUGGUGGUUGGCAGAUUGGAAGGCCAUCUUCAGCUUUGACGGGGGCAUACAUGCAAAGUUCUUAUGGACCCAUGGUGCUCUCUCCAGGUGUCGUUCCAGUUCCUGGUUGGAGUCCUUACCUGCCACCUUUAGCCCAGGCAGUUUCUCCUAGUGCACAACAGUCUGGUCAAGCAGGACCCUCUUUUGGGCCAGCAAGUCAGCUGUCUCCCUCAGCACUGGCUUAUCCUGGUCCUUAUUCUCCAAUGUCUUCCACGAUUGGACCUUCAAGCAGUAGUAAAAAAGAUCAUCUUUUCCCAGAGAGGCCUGGGCAACCUGAGUGCCAGUUUUACAUGAGAACUGGAGAUUGUAAAUUUGGCUCUUCCUGUAAAUAUAAUCAUCCACCAGAUUGGAAUACACCAAAAACAAAUUGCAUUCUCAAUCCUAUAGGUCUCCCUCUCCGUCCGGGAGCUCAGCUUUGUUCUUACUAUGCUCAACAUGGAGUAUGCAAGUUUGGACCAACAUGCAAGUUCGAUCAUCCAAUGGGUACAUUGAGUUACAGUCCUUCGGCAUCUUCUUUAGUUGACAUGCCUGUUGCUCCGUAUCCUAUUGGAAUGUCCCCUCCUACUUUAGCUCCAUCCUCCUCAUCAACGGAGCUAAGGCCAGAGUUCCAUCAUGGUAAGGAUCCUUUUCUGACUCAGACACCAUCUGAUGACGUCCAUACUGGUUCUGUUGGUCCAUUAUUAGCAAAGGGCCGAUUUUUACCUCAUGCCCUCCUCAAAUCCUCUUCACAAAUGCCUGCUUCAACCAGUAACAUCUCAAAGAUGACUAGUUCAAGCUAAGAACCAUUUCAAACUAUUUUUUGGACUUGACAAGUAUGUAUGAUGAAGUUCCAACAUGUUCACUGUUCUCGACGGAAGUGGAGAUGUAUUAAGAUUAAGGCGUGUAUUCUUAUUCAGACAACCUGAUUCUUACUAGCCUACACACCAUCCUGUCCCUUACCAGAUCAAAUAUUUGAUGGUUUCUUUUGUUCAUAUUGUCUCUACCGACUCGGCAUCUUCCACUUGAAUAAGUUAUCCCCAACAUCCAAAUCAUGGUAUAGCAAAAGAUUACGGUCUUCCCAUAUUUUUUUUUUUUUAAUAACUGCAAUUGGGAGUGCAACUGGUUGGAAAUUGUCCGGGGAAGCUGUGCUAAACACAGCUGUUUUUCAUUUAUAUUGCAAUGUUAUUGAAAUGAAUGUUUUUUGCAAAUAUACUUAAAUGUUGUAUGCAUAUAUAAAGCUCUAUGUUACUCUCGUUGUCUAUGGCCUGAUAUAAAACUUUUUGGAGUUGAUUGUA